UAAACAAGACAUUUAUUAUGAUAGAAAUCAUCGUAUUUAUUAUCAUACUGAUAGCACUGGUUGUUAUAGGGUGGCUGCGGAGUCAAAACGAUGACAAUUCCAGUAAAGUAAAGGUAACGUCUAUUGAGGAUGACGAUUCAAUGCACGUGAAUAUAUACGAAAGAAGAAAUAAAGAUGAUGAAGAUAACGCCAAUCCAAAACUGCAAAUUUGGGAGGAUGACGAAAAUGUACUUCAGCAUACGAACAGAGUAACUCAUUUACAUCAACACAAUUAUUCAGAUCAGCGAGUUGUGAACAAUAACUUGUUCUUAAGUUCAUCCAAAGCAGACGUAAUUAAGAGAAACGUUGCAAUUACCCGUAAACGACGAACUACAGAGCUCGAGUAUAUAAUGAAUGAUACUGAACGACUUCGAUGUUUUGAUUCUAGAAAAGUUACUCUUUUUAAAAAGGCAGCUGAAGUGAAAACGAAAACUAGGUGCGAUAUAUACUUGGAAAUGAGAUACGAAAGGAAGCCACACAUAUACAAAUCAGAGACUUUUCAGAACUACAGUCUUAAACAAGAGGACAUGGAUGUUACACCUUCUGAUGAGACCACACGUUCGAACAAUAAACAAAUGGGUAAACGAAGAAUUGAAUAUGAAGAUGUUUCUGAUACAGAGGACAACAAAGUACCUCCUGCAAAAAUACAAAAAGUUGUAAAGAAAUAUAUAAAUAAUAGAAAUCGAGAUCAAACGGAAAAUGAAAUGGAAACAGAGGCAGAUGAAUGUUGUUGUAAUAUUUGUGAAGCGUAUGAAGAUGACAAUGAUAAUGAUAAAGGCCCCUGGGUAUAUUGUGACUUCAAGUAUGACGAUUUAUCUUGUUGUACGUACACAGCACAUGUAACAUGUCUAGAUAUGGAAGAAUAUCCUCAACAUUUUCUCUGUCCAGAACACAUAGAAUAGUUUAUCGGUUAUAGGUGUAUUCUUCAAAGCCAGUUUCAAUUUGUAUCUUUUGAUUAAUUCAUAUUUCUAAAACACAAAAAAGAUCCAUAAGAGAAAGUUAAGUUUUAAAAAGUGUAAAGAAAGAAAAGAGGAGGAUAUAUUCAAUCACAUCAAUCAAAUGGAUACUGUCCGUUGUACUGUUAUUUUUAUUGAACAAUUUUAAUAUGAGAAAUGUCUGUAUUAAUGUCUUUAAUUAAUUUUGGCUUAAAAUUAUAUGCUUGGUCUAUUUGCCAUG